UUGGCAUACAAGUGUCCACAAAUAUAAACUCCAAAUUGGAUGCUACCACACCUGAGGAGAUCUUCAAUGUAUCAUGGAGUCAUUCCUUCAAAAAGAAAUUAUUUCAAGAAACCAAGAAACCCUGCCAAGCCUGCAAAUCCUCCCUAAUUUUCCUGGUAAACCAAAUUCUAUGAUGGGAUUGAUGCAUGCCUGAGAUACCAUCACAGGGAUGCCAUAAAAAGUCCUACUAGAAGCUGUAACCCAACAGAUGUUUCCUGUUCACCCUCCAUCUUGAUCUGAUACAGAGGAAGCCAGUGAUGAUGGUGAGGAACUUAAUCCCAGGACUAACAGGUCUAUGUGGGGACCUGCAGUCAGGUCCCAAGAUUUUUUACCUCCCAUUUUAAACCCGGAUUUUGGCACUGCCUGGAAGCGCCCUCAGAAGAACUACAGCUAGGGAUCACUGACUUAAGAGGGGCAAAAUGAGAAUUUUAUUCUUCCUGUUCUUUUUCAUUGUUGGGAGCCUUGCUAACAAUCCUUAUCCAGACAAUUCUGGUCAUCCUAACAAUAACAACAAUUGGAACAACAACUACCGAAAUGAAAUAUAUGGCAAUCGUGAAAAUCAGCCCAACACAAGAAAUCGUGAGAUGCCAAACCAGGUGCUAGUUAACAGUAAUUUUGACUUUGCAUUUAAGUUCUUCAGGGAGGUUUCUUCCAACAGAGGUCAAGGGUAUCAUUCCAGAAGGAAGAACAUUGUCUUCUCUCCCAUGUGCAUCUCCUCUGCCUUUGCCAUGCUGGCCUUGGGUGCCAGGGCCAACACCUUAGAUCAGAUCCUUAGAGGACUGGAUUUUAGGCCAUCAGAGAUCCAGGAAAAAACAAUCCAUGAAAGCUUCCAUGACCUCAUCUACAUGCUAAACAACGCAGGACCCGGCCUCCAGAUGGAGAUGGGCAAUUGCCUCUUUGUAGAAAAGAAGCUGCAUCCACAAGAGCAAUUCUUAUAUGGACUCAGAAAUAUCUAUGGAGGAGACAUUUAUUUGGAAAACUUUAAGAACACAGUCGAAACAGAACAGCAUAUCAAUGAUUAUGUUGAAAGGAAAACCCAUGGGAAGAUUGCCAGGCUUGUUGAUGGGGUGGACCCAAUUACUGAAAUACUAUUGAUUAGCUAUAUGUAUUUGAAAGCCAAAUGGAAGAAGCCUUUCAAUCCCAAGUACACUGAAAUGCAGAACUUCUAUAUAGAUAGCUACAAUGUGGUGAAAGUGCCUAUGAUGUUCCAGAUGGGCAUGUUUGAAGCUGGCCGUGAUGAUGAGCGUUCUUGCACUGUUUUGAAAAUGCCCUAUGAAGGGCACGCUGCUGCAUAUUUUAUCUUACCUGACAAAGGGCAACUGGACAAGGUGGCCAGAAGCUUAUCAUGUGGAGCCUUGAGAGCAUGGAAAAAAAUACUUACAAAGAGCUCGGUCAAUGUGUAUCUUCCAAAGUGCAUGGCUAUUGGAGAACUUCACCUGAAAGAUAUAAUGUACACUAUGGGUGUGGUUGAUGUCUUCACUGACAAAGCAGAUCUGUCUGGAAUCACAGGACAACCACGGCACAGGCUCUCAGAGGCCAUUCAUAAAGCAAUGAUGUUGAUAGAUGAGAGAGGAACAGAAGCCGCUGCAGCAUCCUCCAUGGACCUGGUACCAAUGUCUACACCUACCGUUCUGAAGUUUAACAUGCCUUUCAUAGCUAUGGUUGUAGAAGAAAAUACUGAGAGUAUCCUCUUCAUGGCAACAAUUAUAAAUCCAAAUGAGAAGUAGAGAGCCCAAAUACACCUGAUGAUUAUAAUUUGGCAUGUAUUUAAGAAACAUGUUGACUUAUUCCAAACUGAGUUUCCUAUUGUCUCCUAAUUUGCGUGGCAGUAUUUAAUUAGCUAGGGAGAGAAAGGAAGACAUUUGAUCCCUAAAAAGUCAGAAUUUGAUUGCUUCUCACAGUACCUCACUACAUAAUAGCUGGAAGAUGAUUUUGUCAACUUAUUUAUGUGGAUUGAAGGUGGAAUCCUGUUGGUGGACUCUGCUAGCAAUAGCUUAUUUACCAGAGUCACACAAUGGUCAUGACAAGACAGCAUCCAGUUAUUUCUCCUGUACCCUAUUCCUUUAAAGUCCCACUGCUUGCACCAAUGCUCUUCUUACUGUCAGGUGCUUUGCCAAUGUAGUUACACCAGUGUACUUCACCAACAGGAUUCCAGCUUGAGUCUACAGGUUGAACAGCCAAACUUGCAUGAUUUGCUUCCAAGCCAAAUUUUAUUGGCUGCUGUUCAAACCGCCUUCUUCUUCUAUACCAAGGCCAGGUCUACAAAAGCAUUUUCAGACAGUAGCCCUUUUUCCAUUGGAGGCAACUUGAAAUUUAUCUGCUGGCCAUUCUGCUAGAAACAGUCCUUAUUUUUCCCUUGUGGGUUGGAGUGGGUGGGUGAGUGGGUGGGGGGGGGUGAGAACAAAGUACAAAUACAAACGAAAUAGUUAAGAGACAGGAAAAUGCUAUACUAUCAAUAGGAGAUACCCUUUUCCUUGCUGCUGGGAAAUUAUAAAGGUCCAUGAUCAUACUUUUUAAAUUUAAGUUGCAGUUACCACAUAGAUUUAGCAUGCUUCUAGACAGCUCUAGAAAGCCUGUGUGCUUUGUGGCUAUACCAGAAGCCCUUGAAUUGUAUAUAGUUUGGGUUUCAAAGGGUCCUCUAUUUGCUCAGUCCCAGCCACGUGGCAUGCAUGUAUCAUGCAGCAAUCUUUCCUAAUCUGGAAUUAUCAAUGUGAGAUUUAACAAAACCUCACAGGGUUUUGGCCAAUAUGGGAAUGAUGUAGGAUAUAUAGUUAAUCAUAGGUUGGAGAUGUCAGGCUGAGAAAAGCUGCUGUAUAGUCAGUAUUUGUUUUCCAGCAUGAUGAAUCACAAGUUGUACAGGCAUGAAUUGCACUACAUUUCUCCUAUUGGUUACCCUACAUCUCCUUAUGCAGCAAAUGCCCCUUAAAGGAAUGUUAUAGAGCAGCACUUCCUACUCUAAGAAACUCCUUUACAUUUAAUAGUCUUGCUUUACAUUUAAAGGUUUGCAAAUAAUACCUAAAAUACAUAAAUAAACCGAUAAUGAGGAUGUCAUUUUAACAUACAACUGUAGAGUUUGGGGCCUGUUUAUACUGACAGCUAUGUCUGGGGCUACUCUGGAGCAUUUAUUCUUUCAGCAGGCCCUAGAGGCAACCAGAGGCAUCCAGUCAAACUCACUGUGGUGUUGCUUUGGUGUCCACACAGUCCAGCCAGGUCAAAGUUGCAUACCCCGCCUUUUUGCAGCCAUUUCCAGCCAGACAUAUAGCUCUGUGAUAACUCCUGGCCAUUGUGGGUUUCCUGUUUUGAUAUCAACAUUUUCAUGUGUUACUAACAGAAAGCUAAAGAGUGAAUUCCCUUCCUUUUUCUUAGUCAUACAAGACACCUCUGUUGAUGUCAAAAUGAGGUGGCCAUGAUGUUCCAGGAGCUCUCAAAGAACUCUGUAUCUGACUGGGAGUGGCAGUGGUAAUGGCGCAGACUGAUGAGCAAAGAGAAAUGGGAAUUGCUGCCAGUGCGUGUCUGGACAGUGGACUGGUCCAAUUUGGAACCAGUUCUGUUGUCCAAUUGCCCCAAAGAUGUAAGCUACUCCAUAGUUUCCAGAAAAACCCAGAGUAUCCCCCGACUUUGCUCAAAGCAAAGCAAAGUCUGUUUAAUCCUGUAAAAUCCAAGACUCACCAGAAGUUAGAACAAAUUGUGGGAAUGGCAAGAAGUGACUUCAAGUUUAGUCUGGGGUUUCUUGCACAUCCCAUAAGAGUGAAGCACACAUGUAGAUUCUACUUUCUACUUGAUGUUCUACUUGGAGCUCUGGCAUAAUGGAGCUUCAACUGCCUUUUACUUAUUCCUUUCUGUGAUCUUGUCUUUUAGCUGUGUUCAAGGUUCAAAACCAAAAACACAAAAAGCUAUUCAUUUUAGUGCAGAAUGUACAAGUGGACGGUGUAGUAUGACGGUCUUGAAAAAGUUUGUUUAGUCACCAACAGCUCUUUGGUACUUAUUGGCUCACAGUGGAUCUUAGGCUUUGUAUUGUGUACACACCUAAGCGUUCUCUCAGGGAAAAAAGAAGGCCUAUAUUCAUGUGGGGUUUUUUUUGCUACUUUCACAGGGAUCCUGAACCCCUUGACACUCACAAAAAAUGCGGACAGAGUGUUGUCACUAUUCACCUGAUGAAUCAUAGCUCAAUGACACAAUACAAGCUUCACAUGUAGAUAGUUACAGGUUUGAUACUUCCUCUUUUCAAUCAAAAAGAUCAAAUAGCUCAGGAUAGGAAAAACAUGGAAUAAGACUCAAAAGAGAAAAUAAUACAGACCUAGAUGGACCAGUGAUUAGUUAUGGCAUGCAGUACUUUCCUAUGAAGUCAGAUGGAUCAGAUCUGCACUAUAGAAAAGGAACUAUGCCUAAUUCUGACUAUAUACGUUUCAUGGAUUAACUUUCUGAGUUCAGACAAACUUAUAUAAUCACAUUCUGACAAAUGUAUGGUUCCUAAAUGUGCAAGAUUAGGAUUCCAGUAAAAUUUGGAAAAGGAAUUCUGAUACUUACUAUUACCCACUGGUUGCACUUGGGCAAGCCAGUCACUCUCACAGUCCGUCCAUACAGAGCACAGAACCCGCGCCCUCCCAGGUAUUUGCAGGGGGCAUCCAAAUGACGGCUCAUGCAAAAUCAAAUGCUUUCACCACAAAGUAAGAAAACCCUGCUUUGUAGCGAAUUACUUUGUUAGUGGGUUUAUUCUGCACAUCCUUGGAAGGCAUGGAGUAAAGCCACUAUGGCUGCUGUCUGGAAUAGCCAAUCAGAAGUCCUGGGACUUCUGAAGGGAUAGUCCAGACAGUAGUCUCACUUUUUUCUGGGCUAAAGCAGCCCAGAAAAUGGCAAGGGCACCAACCCCUUUCCCAAGCCCCCCAAAAUUCCUGCAAAAAAGAAAAUAACUUAUGGGGCUGGCAUUUCCUUGCUGCUGGCCCUCUCUUAGCAAUUAGGAAUGAUGAGCCAGGAGUAGCGGGGGAGGAAAAGAGCUCCUACCCCCCCCCCCUCCCCUCCCCUUCACCUGGCACAUUAUUCCUAAGUACCAGGAGAGGGUCAGUAGCAAGGAAAUGACAGCCCCAUAAGUUAUUUUCUUUUUACAGGGGUUUUAAAGGGGAUUUGGGGAGGGGGUUAGGGUGUCUGGGUGUUCUCCUGAAAGCGCAGACUUCAGGCUGGUGCAUGGACAGAAGGCUGCCCUGACCUGGGUUUUUCAAACCUGGGUCGGCACAGACUUCUUCCCUGUCUGGAACCGCCCUCAGCCUAAGAGGAAGACAAUGGGAAACCUUGCCGUUGUUGGGAGUACAGAUUUUGACAAAAUUUGCUUACCUCUGUUAAAGGUUGAGAGGGUAUGUAGUGCUUAAAGUCACUUACUGGGUUUCCAUGAAUGAACAAGGAUUCCAAUCCGAGUCUGUCAGUCUCCUAGUCCAACGCCCAAACCAUUACUUCAUGCUACAAAGCAGGAAAACUUGUUCUGAACAAAUCUUGCCAGGAAAAAUAGGUUUGGCAUCAGAUUCAAUGGACGUAAUAACAAUAGCACAAAUCCCCUAAAGGCACCAGAUCUGUCUGGUUUUGGGAACUAAGUAGGAUCAGCUCCACUCAGGACUUGGAUGGAUGACUGCCAAGAAAUACUACAUGACAUAAGACAUAUUUCAGAGGCAGAAACUGGUAAAACCAAAUCUGAGUUUCUCUUGCCUAAGAAACCCUAUGAAAUUCAGGAGAUCACCAUAAGUCGAUAGAUAAGUGGAAGGCACACUCACAUACAAGAAUUACAAUGACUCUUUUCUUUCCUCUUUUAAGAUUCAAGCAGCGUAGCCUCUUUGGUGCUUUUUGGUGAUAGUUUUUUUUUUUGUAUAACUGAUGAUAGUAUAAAUGGAAACAAAAUUAAGACAUACUUUCUCUAUGACUAGGAAUUUAUGUUAUGAUAGACAUUCUUUGUCUUGAAAAAAUAUACAAAUAAAAAAUGAAAAAAAUAAUUAAAACUCAAACAAAAUCA